AUAGCUCACGUUUCGCGUUUCUGCACCUCUUCCUUAUGUUUGCAUUAGUUGCUUGCACGUCUUAGGAUUUACGAAAUUGUUUUGAGUAGCCGGAAGUGAUUGUGCAUAUUGACACUGACACCCCCACUUGCCAUUUCACUAUGGAGAUAUUGGUCAAUGCAAGAAGGAAGAGUUUUAGUUCACAUUUAUAGUUUUUAACUGCAGCAACUUGAGUGCAUAUUGUUAUUUGGAAACAAGCAAGUUAAAGCUGUAACAAUCAACAGGAAGCUUUUGACAAGUUAAUUGUCACUUGAAUUCACAUAGGCUUAGUCAGCAAGAGGAGCACUUUUUGAAGAUGGGUGUUGGACCAUUAGUUGCUGAAGUGCUGGUGACUUUUUUAGUCGCUGCGACUGUCCUCUUCCGCUACGGAAACUGGUACAGGCACCACUUGGUGGUUACCGUGUCUGUGUUAAUAGCAUGGUACUUCUCCAUGCUUAUAGUCUUCAUUCUUCCACUUGAUGUUUCUAAUACCAUCUAUGGGAAUUGCAGAGAGAAAAUUUUAGAGUCCCAGCUACAGUCAUCUCAGCCUUUGGUAACAGAGGCAGCAAUUAACGAAACCAACCAAACAGGAAUUCUUCCUACUACGUAUGAUGUAAAUAUCACAGUCACUGUCACACCAGGACCUGUGCCCAUUCAACAAGAUUGCCAUGAGCCGUGGAGUCUCGUGCCCGACGGAGUUUUCCCUAUUUUUUGGAGAGUCGUGUACUGGACGUCACAAUUUCUUACAUGGCUAAUUUUGCCGUUGAUGCAGUCGUACACAAAGGCUGGAGACUUCACUUUUGGAACAAAGUUACGUUCUGCACUGAUAGACAACGCCAUAUAUUAUGGCUCGUACUUACUAAUAGUGGGAAUUCUUCUUCUCUACAUUGCCCUUACAGAUCUUGGACUAGAUGGCUCCAAGUUACGUGCAAUAGCAGCCUCUGCUUCUAAUACCUGGGGGCUGUUCUGGCUUGUGCUUCUGCUAGGCUAUGGUCUAGUGGAAGUGCCUCGGUCCCUCUGGUACUCUGCUUCCACUCUCCACACUCUUCAUCAUGCUUAUUUCCGUGCUGCCAAACUGUCUCAGGAACGAGCUGAGGCAAAUGAGCAUGUCAGUGACCUUCUUCAGAGUAUGCAAGCACUUGGAGGCAGUAUUGGCCUGGGCCAUCCAUUACGUACACACAUGGACAUCAUCGAGAGUAAAGUUCCAACAGAAUUACUGGACAAAGCUCGUCGCCACCUGGCCCCAGAUUCACCCCAUGCUGAUGUGCCAUCAGAAAAAGCUCUUGUCAGGCUACACAAACAGCUUAUCAAGGCUCUGCAGAACCACCGUCGUGUUGAAACCCAGUGGGGAUUGUUAGUCAGCAAAAUUGUAGACCUUGAAGACACUCACCGAAACUCAGUUUCACACGAAAAAUCCUUCAAACCAUCAACACCCCCUCAUAGACACUAUAUAAUGUCGUACAUCUACACCCCAACCAUUGAGUGGCUGUGGCGAUGCAGAGUCCGUGGAUAUCUGUUAAGGGCCCUCGCUGUCAUAAGCGCCCUUGUUUCGGUAGUGGUUGUGUGGUCGGAACUCACAUUUUUCAGCACAUCUCCCACCUUGUCUCUCUUUGCAGUGUUUGUCAAUCUUGCAAAGGCAAAUUAUGACUACUUCACUAUAGAGAUCAUAUCAUCUUUGUCCAUGGCAUACAUUGCACUGUGUGCAUAUUCCACCUUGUUCAAGAUUCGUGUGUUGAACCUGUAUUACCUAGCACCAUACCACCAGACAGACGAGUAUUCCUUGAUCUUCUCGGGAAUGAUGCUGUGCCGUCUCACUCCACCCAUGUGCCUCAAUUUCCUUUCCCUCAUCCACAUGGAUUCUCAUGUCAUCCAGGAACAUACAGAAGAAACCCAUUACACACAAAUCAUGGGACACAUGGAUGUUAUUAGAAUCAUCAGUGAUGGUUUCAAUAUCUACUUCCCCAUGAUGAUUGUGGCUCUUUGUUUGGCAACAUACUACAGUCUUGGUUCAAGACUCUUAUCAGCCCUCGGCUUCCAGCAAUUUAUGUGUGAUGAUGACCUUACUACUGAUCUGAUUGAAGAAGGCAAAACACUUAUUAGCAGAGAAUCCCGUCGCCGCCAGAGAAUGGAAGAUAAUGCUGCUCGUAGAAGAGACUUCACUGAAAGAUUUGGUGGAGGAGAAUCAUCUGCUAGCAUGUACAGAUCUGCAAGACAGAGAGCAGAAGAGUUGGUUCGUCCACUGAAGCGAGAUGAUUCUUCUGAGUCUGCCCAGUUAGAGCUCCUCGGUGGAACCGACAGCAUUGCCGAUUAUUCGUCACACACAACAACUUCGUCCUUAACCAUGGAAAAUGAAACUGACACUACCCAAGGGAAUCACAUGUCUGGGAGGAUGCAGUAUUCACGAGUUCGAUCCCAUAAGCCAGACAAAGGACUUUUUGACGACAUCUGAGUCAUCCUCGAAUGACUUCACAGAUAGUAGUGAACAAGAUCAUUCCUUGAUAGCCUUAUGUACAUGACUGUGCCAUAGAAUAAGACUGAAAUCCCCAAAGUCCUUUGCACGUUUUUCAGUUUCUACACCCAAUAUGUAUUUGUAUCAUGCAUUCUCAUUUUUUGGAUUAUUUCCCUUUCCUUAAACAUUAACCAUACAUUUACUAACAGAGAAAGACCAUCAGAGGCUUGUCAGCAUUAUAAGACAUGUCUUACGUUGUAGGUAUCAUCAUUAGUUGACCUAUCAUUCUUGAGUACAGACUUCAAUGUGUUCAAACCUUAUCUGUUGUGCCCAAGUUGUAGAGGUGGUUUUAUUUUUAAAUAGUUUUAGACUGCUGCCAUACUUCUCUACUGUCUGACUGGAAUACAUUUGCUGAAAUGAGACUAGCGAGUGAUUCUCAUCAUUUGUGACAAUAAUGGCAGUAUUUUAGAGGUCUUUAAGCUAAUAGCUGUCAAAACUUUUUUUUUUUCUUUUUUUUUUUGGCAGUUUUGUGACAUCAAAAAUGUCAUUGACUUCAUGAGCUUGUCAAAAUGUAGAACUAGAUAGCUUAAGAUAUCCUUUACAAGUAAGGCUUAUUUUGUAAAGUACACAUUGAAAUUCAAAAGAAUCCAGCAAUGACAUAGCUUUUGUCAAAACAGCAGUACUUUUGAUAUAUUUUUUUAAACUACUUUCUACAGUGAUUAAUUUUCCUGAUGAAUCUCUUUAAUUGACUGGUAGGUGUAAUAUACAGUGUAGCCUAGCCUAGAACUUGAAGAAUUUACCGUCAACUGUGUUUGAGUAUAGGUUACAUUGUAGUGUCCAGCUCUUGCCACUUAACAGUUGGUCUCCAGGAGCAUCUGAUAAAUCGAGGUGGCACUGUAUUCUAAACUUAAACAAAAUGAAAAUGCUAUGAAUUUUCAUGAAUUUUUUUAUUAUUUUCCUUCUGGUUAGUAUAGUAUAUUAUUAUUAUUGAUAUAUAGUUUAACCAAACUACCAGAGUUAAAAUAGUACUUUUCUCUCGUAUGGCUGGCCACUGGUUCAUGUAAGCAGAGAUGUUCAAUUGAGAGAGCUGGUGGAACAAGGGUGCAAUAUAAUCGAAAUGUUCAUGGUAAUUUGCAGAAAACAAGAGCUGAACUUAAAAUAAAGGAGUCUACUGUACAUAGCUUAGCAAAAUUUUGUUUGUACUGCAGCAAUGCAACUCAUUCUCUUAGUAUGUAUGAAUAUAUUGUAACUGAUGUUUUGCUUAUUUAAGUGAGUAUAGGAUAAUUAACAUUACAAAUCUAUGAAAGGUAAUGAUUUUUAAAACUCCAACAGAUGCCAAUAGGGUUAUUCACUGUGUGUAUGGUUAUGAAACUUGCACAGCUUAUUUGUUUAUCAUUGCACAAGUUUUGUUCUCUUACAUCUUUCCAAUAAGGACACAAGGAGACGUAAUGUAUGACUGAUAGUGUGGACAAGCCAUUAUUUAUCCUUUUUAGUAAGUAGUGCUGAAAGUAUCUUUAUGAAAUAGUCACACUAAUAAUUAAAUUGUGAAGUUAUUCAUUCAUGAGGCAGAGAGCCUUUCAAUUUUCAGUUAAACUGAUGUGUCAGCCAUAUUAAACUGCAUUCAGUACCUUGUGUGAAGAUUAAUAUAGAGCAAUUCAUAUCUCUCCUGCCUUUUUUUCUUUAAAAGAGACCAGUGAUAUUAAUGAAUAAGUUCAGUGUUAUGUAUAUGUCUGAAGUAGUAUAGUACCUACUUUUAGAUUGCAAAUAUAAUUUAUUAAAUCCUCAAA